UCAUGAGAGCAGAGGGCCCAGAGUUUCAACAGUGUGAGAAUGAUGGGAGUGAGGUACAGCUCUGGCCAGCUUCCUCUUCUCACGUUUCAUGUCGGUGCUCUUUUCUUCACAUUCCUUACCUUCUCUUUGCCUUCACUUUCUAAGCUACAACCUUAGUUACUCUCACUCACUCCUUCAUUAUCUAUACUUUCAUUUCAUUCAUGUGAUUGCCAUUAUUUACUCUCUCAAUCAAUUUCAUUCCUUUCUUGCUUGUUGCUUGAACUUUGCUGUUUAUCAUUUCCGUUUUUUUUCAGUCCUAAAACUCUGUCCUACCUUUCUAUGUUUUCUAUUUAAGCUUCCUCUGUGUUUUCUUGCAGCUAUUAUUGCUGCAUUCAUUGUUACUUUAUUACCCAAGCAGAAAGCUUGCUUAUUUAUCUUAUCAUUUCCUCUCCGCGAUUUCACUUUGACAAUUUCACACCCUUUGGAAAAAAGUUUGCCUUUUUGUUUCUCCCUCUCCCCCAAAAGAAUAUACUUGUUCCCCAUUCUCUUCUUUCCCUCCAACUAUACUCUCUUGAACUCUUCCUUUUCAUGCUUAAAGUUCUGGUGAAGCAGCCCUUUUAGUUGCCACUGUGUUUUUGUUUCUGUUGGCAAUGAGCCAAAGAAGCAAGAGUCGUGGAGGCAUGAAGCUGCUGAAGCAGAGGAUGUUUUUGUUUGUGGGCUUGGCGAUAUUGAAAUGGGUAGAAGGCAUGGAGGAUACUAAUGUGACAGAUAUAGAUAUGCUAUAUGUCAACGGAAGAGGUUUCUACAGACCUUUGAUGGUUGGGAUUACACUUAUUAAUGGAGCUGCUGCUAAAGGAGCUGUCUGCCUGGAUGGAUCUUUACCAGGUUACCACUUCCAUCGGGGAUAUGGUUCAGGAUCAAACAGUUGGCUUAUACAAUUGGAGGGAGGAGGCUGGUGUGGAACUAUAAAAAAUUGUCUUUACAGUAAGAAAACACGUCAUGGUUCUUCAUUCUUUAUGGAAAAACAAAUACCAUUUAUUGGGAUAUUGAGCAACAAAGCUGAGGAAAAUCCAGAUUUUUUCAAUUGGAAUAGAAUAAAAAUCCGUUAUUGUGAUGGGGCAUCAUUUAGUGGGGACAGUCAAAAUGCGGGAGCAGGAUUAUAUUUCAGAGGGCAACGCAUUUGGCAAGCUGCUAUGGAAGAUCUAAUGUCAAAAGGAAUGCGCUAUGCCAAACAGGCUCUUCUAUCUGGAUGUUCUGCAGGAGGUUUAGCUACUAUUAUACAUUGUGAUGAAUUUCGGGAAUUGUUUCCUAGAACCACAAGAGUAAAAUGCCUGAGUGAUGCUGGAUUGUUCCUUGAUUCUGUUGAUGUGUCUGGCCGUCGCAGCUUGAGGAAUUUGUUUGGAAGUGUGGUCACCUUACAGGGAGUGCGAAACAGCCUUCCAAGAAGUUGCACCAGUCGCCUCAAUCCAAUUUUGUGCUAUUUUCCUCAGCACUUAAUUGCCGGUGUUAGGACACCACUGUUUCUUCUCAAUGCAGCUUAUGAUACUUGGCAGAUUCAAGCCAGUCUUGCUCCACCAUCUGCUGACUACCGAUGGAACUGGUAUGAAUGCAGAAAAGAUUAUGCACGUUGCAGUGCACCACAGAUACAGUAUCUUCAAGGUUUUCGAAAUCAGAUGCUUAGAUCUACAAGAGCCUUCUCACGGUCUUACAAAAAUGGGCUAUUCAUAAAUUCAUGUUUCGCACAUUGUCAAUCAGAAAGACAGGAUACGUGGUUUGCUCGUGAUUCUCCUCGUAUAGGAAACAGGGGAAUCGCAGAGUCUGUUGGGAACUGGUUUUUUGACCGAGUUAGUGUCCAGGCUAUUGGUUGUCCUUACCCUUGUGACAAAACCUGCCAUAAUUUGGUUUUUAAGUGAUCACUGCUCAAGUCUUAUUCUUUCAAAAAAAUUAUUCUGCUCCUACAUUGCACACAAGCAGCCAUUGGGAUCUGAAGAAGAAAGACAUUGCCAGAAAAAGCUAUGUUCAUUCAAUUUUAUUUUUAUUUUUUCAAGUAGAUUCAGGUUCCUUUCUCUGGAGUAAGUUGUUUUCUGUCUCUUCCCUCUUCGAUUCUCAUUACACAGUAUUCUCUCCAAUGGAUGAAACAACAUUUCAUCUUUUAUAGUCAAAAUAAUAUACUGUAUAAAUGACUGCAAAUUUACUUUAUAACUUCACUUUCUAAGAGUCCAUAAAACUAUUAUGGAUUUGCGAUUACACUCUUAUUUUAUAUACCAUUUAAGCUUCUUUC